AUGUGGAGGAGGCCUACUGUUGCUGAUUUCAAGCGAGAGUGUAUGUACUGUAAUGCUAAGAUGUCACAAAAAUGGAAACAGUUACCGCUGAAUGAAAAGCUCGAGACAAUCAAUGUCUACAAAAAGGAAACGUUUAGUGUUAGAGAUAUGGCCAUGAGGUUUCCUGUUGGAAAAGCACAGAUCAGUGACAUUUUGAGAAAGAGAAAUGGGAUUUUGAAAUCAUGGAUUGUAAAUCUAACCAGUAAAUGCGCUUCUCCGAACACACCAGGCUUAAAAGAUGGCAAUUUCACUUUUGAAUUGUUCUGUCAUGCUCACAGCAAUAACUUGCCAGUUAGUGGACCUCUGAUCUGUGAGAAAGCAUUCGCAAUCGCCAAGGAGUUAGGUCUUAACGAUUUUAAAGACUCUGUAGGUUGGCUUGACAAAUUUAAGAGUAGACACAACAGCUCUUUUCUAACCAUCUAUGAUGAAUCCAGUUCAGUGGACGAAAACACCGUGAUGAGAAAAAUAAUGACUUAA